AUGACUUCCGAUUCCCACACUUUCCAGGGCUCACAAGAAAUAUUAGCAAUGCGCUGGUAUCAGUUCAAGGGUACCGGGAACGGGUUCAGAUUCCUCACUCGUACAGAGCUGUUCAACACACCCUCUCUAACUGUGCUACCUGGUGCCUCAGUGUGGGAGGGAGAGGCUGUGACUCUGCAGUGUGGGGCUCACAUAAAUAAACAGGGCACACAGCUGCAGUACCGCUAUAGCAAAGACAAUGGGACUGUGAGAGGAGCGGGAUCACAGGAUCAGCACUCAAUCCCAGCGGCAGGGCUGAGAGACACAGGGAGAUACCAGUGUGAGGUGGAGGCAGCAGGGACGGGGCUGAAGAAAAGGAGUGCUUCUGUGUCACUGACUGUGAGAGCUCUGUUCUCCAGAGUGACUCUGACAGCAUCUCCAGGAGCCUCAGUGAAGGAGGGAGAGGCUCUUAACCUGACCUGUGAGGCAGCAGUGAACAAAACCCCCCGCCCUGAACUCCACUACACCAUUGUGAGAGACGGGGAGCCUGUGACUAACAGCACUGACUCUGCACUGUACAGCAUAGCCAGCACUGAGAAGAGCCACACUGGGAGCUACACGUGUGCUGUGGAGUCACAGGGAGUGAAGAAGAGCAGCCAGGAGCUACACAUUGAAGUGCAAACGUCCUGGCACAGCGCUGUUGCUAUUGGCUACAGAGUGAGCUUCACUCUGAUUAAUUUCAUUGUGUUCACUCUGCUGCUCCUUCAAUAGUGCAGGAUCCAAGGUGAGACUCCCAGUCAGUGCACACAUUUCACCUGGCCUGUCACAGCACACAUGC